AAACAUUUUAUUUCGAAAAAACCCUAAUCGCAAAUAGAGGCCAAGUGUAUUUGAACACUUCAUCAUCUUCACGGCCUCCAACCGAAGAUGAAGUUCAACAUUGCGAAUCCGACCACUGGGUGCCAGAAAAAGCUUGAAAUCGACGAUGAUCAGAAACUCCGAGCUUUCUUUGACAAAAGGAUCUCCCAGGAAGUUAGUGGAGAUGCUUUGGGUGAGGAGUUCAAGGGUUACGUUUUCAAGAUAAUGGGAGGAUGUGACAAGCAAGGGUUCCCAAUGAAGCAGGGAGUGUUAACUCCUGGCCGUGUUCGCCUUUUGCUCUACAGAGGUACUCCUUGCUUCCGUGGUCAUGGUAGGCGAAAUGGAGAGCGCAGAAGGAAGUCUGUCCGUGGAUGCAUUGUCAGCCCUGAUCUUUCUGUUUUGAACCUGGUUAUUGUUAAAAAGGGGGAGAAUGAUCUGCCUGGACUCACCGACACCGAAAAGCCAAGGAUGAGAGGACCCAAAAGGGCUUCCAAGAUCAGAAAGCUCUUCAAUCUUUCCAAGGAAGACGAUGUCAGGAAGUAUGUCAACACUUACCGAAGAAAUUUCACCACCAAAACCGGUAAAAAUGCGAGCAAAGCUCCUAAGAUUCAGAGGUUAGUGACACCCCUGACGUUACAAAGAAAGAGAGCGAGAAUUGCUGACAAGAAGAAGAGAAUUGCCAAGGCUAAGUCAGAGGCAGCUGAUUAUCAGAAGCUUCUUGCUAGUAGGUUGAAGGAACAAAGAGAAAGACGUAGUGAGAGUUUGGCUAAGAAGAGGUCUAGACUCUCUGCAGCAUCUAAGCCAUCUAUUGCCGCUUAAGUUCAGUGGGAUCUUAUUGAGAGGGGAGGAAAAAUGAUGAUGAGUGGGAUCUAAUUCCUGCUAUUUUUUUGUCUGGUUCUUAUAGUUGUUUCUGGAUGUCUUACGCAGUAUUUGUCAUUUCUAGUGUUCUCAGGCGAUACUUUGAUCUGAUAGUUGCCACAUACAAUUAUCUUUCAUGCUCCAGAUUUUGGUUACUUUGCCCCUAUAUAUAAGGAUCAUCUGUCUUCUGUUUUUCUU